AUGAGGUCAAUGUCCUUCCAGGAUACCCGGGCCAGGUCCCUGAAGUGUUUUAGGGAGCGUUUGACAGUGAUGAGGGGUGGUCGUUUGACUGCGGCACCGUGCGGAUACAAUGAGGCAGUGGUCAAGGGACCUACAGGUUCUAACCCCAGUCCUGCCUACCUACAGGUUCUAGUAAAGAGCAGAAUCUCUGACCUCUCCGUUCAGAAUCCCAGUCCUGCCUACCUACAGGUUCUAGUAAACAACAGAAUCUCGGACCUCUCCAUUCAGAACCCCAGUCCUGCCUACCUACAGGUUCUAGUAAACAACAGAAUCUCUGACCUCUCCAUUCAGAACCCCAGUCCUGCCAACCUACAGGGAUCCAGUGCCACCUGGGAGAGCCUGAUGGGACCCAUGCUGCCAGCCCAGUUUGCCCGGAUGACAUCACUGUCAGCGCCAGGUGUUGCUCUCAUGACCGGAGCCUGGAGACCCCACUCAACAUCAGAUAAGCGGUUGUCCAGGAGAAGAGCGUCAUGCGCUGCGACGUUGGUGCUGCAUACACUGCAGGAAACAACCCAGGAGAAACACACACAGCAGGAGAUGGUAGAGGUCCCCAUGGAGGAAGAGGACGUUGACCCUAAAGACAAGCGUCCUGUAGCUUCCACCCCUGUUCCCGGAUCUCCAUGGUGUGUGGUGUGGACGGGGGACGACAGAGUCUUUUUCUUCAACCCAACGAUACAGCUCUCUGUUUGGGAUCAGCCAGUAGAUCUGAAGGACCGUGGAGAGGAUCUCAACAGGAUUAUAGAAGAUCCUCCACAUAAACGCAAAAAGGAUUCUUUGUCCACAGAGGACGGUUCUAACUCUCCGUCUGCCGAUGACGAUGAUGCUGAUGAUGAAGAUGAACAUUAUUCAAAAACCAAGAGGAACAAACUGGAAAAACCUGCGGAUGGUAAUGAGGACCUGAGAGAGAGGGCAGGUGCAGAGACAUGUGACUCCCCCCCCCAUCGGACUGUUCUACCCUUAGGGCUCCGCAUCACACACUUCAGGGACAUGCUCCUUGAAAGAGGGGUUUCAGCGUUUUCCACAUGGGAGAAAGAACUGCACAAGAUCGUGUUUGAUCCACGGUAUCUUCUGCUAAACUCUGCAGAGGAGAGGAAACAGGUGUUUGAGCAGUUUGUCAAAGUGAGGAUGAAGGAAGAACACAAGGAGAAACAGAGCAAACUGCUGCAAGCAAAAGACCAGUAUAGAAAACUUCUAGAGGAGUCGAAAAUCACAUCCAGGUCAACUUUCAAAGACUUUUCUGUUAAGUACGGCCGUGACCAGCGCUUCAAGCAAGUGCUGAAGAAGAAAGACCAAGAGCACUUCUUCAACCAAUUCAUCAAUGGGUUAAAGAAGAGAGACAAAGAGAACCGCAUGAGGCUGAGGAAGAUGAGAUGA